UUGCGCUGCUGACGUUGCCUGUGUUACCUGUGUACAGGUGUUUGCACCAUGGCUGCACAAACCUCCCUCAGAACAGGACUAUUACUUUUAUUUUUCAGUAAUGUUUUCAUUAACAGCUGUUCCUCCGAUGGCCCGGUGGAAGAAGAGGAUCCACGGUUUUGGAACGUGAAAGGAAAGGAUGCUCUGAUUGCGGCUCUGUCCCUGAAACCAAACGUCCACCGCGCUAAAAACCUCAUACUCUUCCUGGGAGACGGUAUGGGCGUCAGCACUGUGACGGCCGCACGGAUUCUCAAGGGUCAGUUGGAUGGAAAACCUGGGGAGGAGAACAUGCUGACCAUGGACACAUUCCCAUAUCUGGCUUUAUCCAAGACCUACAAUGUGGACCAGCAGAUGCCGGACAGCGCUGCCACGGCGACGGCGUAUCUGUGUGGCGUGAAGGCAAACUAUGGCACUUUGGGCCUCACUGCGGCGGCCCGGCGCUCCCAGUGCAGCACACAGAAGGGCCACGAAGUCUAUUCAGUCCUGCACCGGGCCAAAGCCGCAGGGAAGUCUGUUGGCAUUGUGACCACCACGAGAGUCCAGCAUGCCUCCCCUGCUGGAAACUACGCCCACAUCGCUGAGCGAGACUGGUACAGCGAUGCUAAACUGUCGUCUAGCGCAGCGAAUGAAGGCUGCACAGACAUCGCCUACCAACUCGUCCACAACACUGACAUCAACGUUAUUUUAGGUGGGGGGAGGCAGUAUAUGCUCCCUCAAGGCACCCCUGACCCUGAGUACCCUUCAGAGACUGGAGAGCGACAGGACAAGACCAACCUCAUCGACGUGUGGCUUGAAAACAGAAGCAAUGCCAAAUAUGUGUGGAACAAAGCUCAGCUGGACGCUGUGGAUGAAGCAGACACAGACUAUUUAAUGGGUCUGUUUGAGCCGUUGGAUACGCGGUAUGAGCUGGACCGGAACUCGGACACUGACCCCUCCCUGACGGAGAUGGUGGAGAAGGCCAUUAAGAUCCUCAGGAAAAACCCAAACGGGUUCUACCUGUUUGUAGAAGGUGGUAGAAUUGAUCACGGUCACCACGCCAGUGAAGCCAAACGGGCUCUGUACGAGGCUGUGGAGUUCGACAGGGCCAUCACAAGGGCAGGUGAACUGACCAGUGAACUGGACACCAUGUCUGUGGUCACUGCUGACCACUCUCACGUCUUUUCCUUUGGGUCCAGCUCGCCGAGGGGCAACCCAGUCUUAGGACUGUCCACUAAAAUCGGCACCGAUCUCAAACCGUACACCACGGCUCUCUAUGGGAACGGACCGGGAUUCGCCAUCGUCAACGGAACGCGGCCGGACAUUAACUUCACCAUCACAAGUGCGACUAAUUAUAAGCAGCAGUCUGCUGUUCCUCUCUCCUCUGAGACCCACGGUUCUGAGGACGUGGCUAUUUUCGCGAAGGGUCCGAUGUCCCACCUGUUCCACGGAGUGCAGGAGCAGAGUUACAUCGCCCACGCCAUGGCGUACGCCGGCUGCAUCGACCCAUACACCGACUGCAGCCUGGAGCCGACCCCAGAGCCGAACCACGCCUCGUCCAUCCAGUUCAGCGCAGGGACGCUGCUGCUGCUCACUCUGCUGACCACUAUUAACCUCAUCUAACUCCAACAGAACCAGAAACAACCCCACAUUAUCACUAUUUAUCACUUAUUCCCACUCAGAUUACGCCCAUGUGGAUAACUUCUGAUAUGAUGUUAUAUAGAGGGCCAUUGUGCUCCAUUAUGUCCAGAUCCUGUCUUAUUAACCCAUUAAUAUCAUAUCUGAUAAUGAAGCCCAUAUGGUCUCCCAGCUUCAACAAUUUAAAAUAUUGUUUUUAUUUUCACUGAAUUCCUCUGUGAGGACUAAAUAAGUUCAUUAGCACUCAGAACACCUGAUUUUCAACAUUAAAAUGGCUUUAGGACGCCAGACAGCGUCAGCGGAAACCGCACUGCUGGUUAUUUCUAUGAUGUUAAUAAACAUUAUACAAAUAAAAGGCCAAACAUGCACAUUGAUCAUUUCAAUCUGAUUAAGUUAUGCAUUUGUAAGCUGUAUAUUUUGGAUACAGUUGGCUUUUUUUGUAUGUAGCCAUCACAGGACGCCAAACAGCAACAUUAGAAUAAAGCUUGACCAAUAAAUUAA